AUGACGGCCAUCCGACCGAGCAAUUGCGCCUUCAGCGUGCGCCGAGCCCUCUAUCGAGUCUUCGUCUCGCCGCGAGCCCCACGGUUUCCCGUCCGCAGCCUUGCCGCGAACUGGUCGUGGACCGUCGUCGACCAGGCCCGUCGUUACGCCAAGCCUCGAGCACCCCCUCGACCGGCCUCCCUCGGCGCCGCCGACGCCGACGAUGCCGACGAGCGCGCCUUCGACCGUCGCUACACGACAGCCAAGGACGUGGAGCGCUCCGGCCGCGACCGCCCUCCUCAGGACCACGAGAUCACGGACCCCCAGAUCAUGGUCAUCGACGGCGGCGCCACAGAGGGCCCCCUCGCGCCCGCCUACGUGCUCACGAAGCUGACGUCGGCCGAGUCGCUCCGCAUGGUCCGACCGUACGUGCCGGCCGACGCCAAAGCUGGCCGGCCGCAUGCCCAGCUGGCCGUCUGCAAGAUCGUCAACAAGCGGGACGAGUACGCGCGGCAGAAGGAGCUCAAGGAGAAGCGCAAGACUUCGGCGGCGGCGAAGCCAAAGUCGAAGGAGCUCGAGCUGACAUGGUCCAUCGGCGACCACGACCUGGCCACCAAGAUGAGGCAGAUGGCCGGCUUCCUGGCCAAGGGCAUGAAGGUGGAGCUCAUGCUCGCGAGAAAGAAGGGCGGCAAGCAGGUCACCGGCGACGAGGCUGCCGACGUCGUGAGGAGGGUGAGGGACGAGGCCACGGCAAACGGGGCGAGGGAAGGGAAGCCGGCGAGCGGGCAGGUCGGCGGCACCAUGAGGCUGUACUUUGAGGGCAAUGCCAAGGCACCGUAA